AUGGUCAAAUACGCGUGCGCCUUCACAGUUCCCAGGCGAGCGCGAGCUCUGGGCUUGGACCCCGCUACCCUGACCCCGCCCGCUCUUUACCUACCAGCGGUGGCUGGUCCGGUGGGCUCGUGGGGGAGUCGCUUGCGCGCGCACGCGCAUACGACGUGGAGUGGUUGCGGAGACCUGGAGAAGGGGAGUAAGAAGCAUCGGAAGAGAAGAGCCUCUCAUCUGGUGAGGGUCCCGGGACAGUUUGGAGGGUGCGAGAGGAGAAGGUCGGGGGGCGUGUCUGAGAUUGGGCUGAAAGAUGAAUGGGCCAGAGAUGAAUGGAGGGAGGCAGCGGCGGCCAAGAGUCUGUUCGGAAUAAGAGCCCUAGUAGGGGGCGGCUUGACCCAAGCUGGAUUAUUCCAGUCACCAAGGGUCUCGGGUCUUCAGGUUUGUCGGAGCUGGUGUCUGAGUGAUCGAACAGGCGGAGUUGAAAAUAAAGAGGGGGAAAGUGGGGAAGGGCAGGUCAAGUCUGGAUUCUUCCAUGAAAGUGAUUCCAAAGCUGUUGCUAAGUCCAUUAGAGACUGGGUGAACCUGAUAAAGAAAACAAGGGAGAAGAAGCCAGUUAGCUGUUUGGAAGAACUCAGGAAUUCCCACUGCAAGUCUGUGGAGAAUGUGUUCCCUCAGCAUCAGAAUACAACUUUGCCCCCUGCUCUUCCUGCUCAGCAAACAGGAUCCGAAUGUGAAGAAACUGAAGUUGAUCAACAUGUUCGACAACAGCUUCUACAAGGAAAACCGCAGCAGCACUGCUCCUCUGUUACAGGUGACUGUUUGCCUGAGGCAGGAGCUGAAUCAGUUAUACAUUCAGAUACUUCAAGUCAGCCCAGUAUAGUUUAUUCCUCAGACAAGACAAUGGGCUUUCAAAUUGUUCCUAACAUCCCACAGGCCGAAAUAAAUGUUCCAGGACAAGUUUAUCCAUCUCAGCAACUAGUAGGACAUUACCAGCAAAUCUCAGGGUUGCAGAAGCAGUCAAAGGUGAAUCAGCCCCCACUUUUGCCUUUAGUUCAAGGUCAGUCUGCUGUUUUGCCUGUACAUGUCCUUGGACCUCCAGUUGUUUCACAACCCCAGGUUUCCCCAGCAAUUGUACAGAAGUUUUCACAAAUAAAGACAAGACAUAUUUUAGAGCAAUCCCAUCAGUUGUCCACUCAAGAAGGUCGCAUAAAUCAACAGCAGUCUUUAUAUAGCCGGCAUGCUGUUCUCCAGCAGCAGGUACCUCAUUCACAGGCACCUAACCAAGUUCAGCCAUUACCAGGUAUUCCAAAGACCAUUACAAACAUGGUCCAGAUUAUGCCUCGUUUGCAAGAACAGUUGCAACCAGUGGCAGUGGAACAGCAAUAUGUAAUACAGCCUUUAGAGCAGCCUCAGGUGUGUCAGGCAUUAGAUGACAGUCAAACAUUCCCCCUACAGAAAAACCUAGCACAGCAUCGGCCAGCAUACAUUCAGCAGCAGUCUGCUGUCCAGCCACAGUGGCAGCCAUCUUCUAGCUUAACACCUGUUUCUGUGUCAUCAGAACCACAAUUACAGCAACAGACCCUCUAUCAAAGCUCUGGGAUAGCCCUUCUAAAUCAAGCAUCUUCUGUUCAUCUGCUGAUGCUUAGUAUUUCAGUACAGGCUUCCACUGCCUUUCAGAGCAUUUCUGUGUUACAGUUACAGCAGCAUUUACAAGGCCAAGAAGUUCCAAAGCAGGUGGUGCCUGUCAGCCAGACCUGUGUAAGGAGCGGAAAUGGCAAAAAGGAUCGGAUCAAACAGAGACGCGCUUCCUGUCCCCGACCAGAGAGGGCUAAAUUUCAGCUUGCUGUACUGCAGGUGUCAACCUCUGGAGACAACAUGGUAGUAUGUCAGCUGGAGACACACAACAACAAGAUGGUCACAUUCAAGUUCGAUGUUGAUGGCGACGCUCCAGAUGAUAUUGCAGACUAUUAUGUUGAAGAUAACUUUGUGCUGGAAAGUGAAAAGGAAAAAUUUAUAGAAGAAUUGAGGGCUGUUGUUGGGCAAGCUCAGGAGAUCCUUCAUGUCCACUCUGCUGGAGAAAGAGCCACUGGAGUUGACUCCAUUAUUGUGGAAUCCAACAGUAGCCAAACAGGAUCAUCUGAACAAGUACAGAUAAAUUCUGCAACCACCUCAAACCAGCAACUAUCUUUCAGGGUGGGAGGCUCCUUCUCUAAAUUACAUGUAUCUCUGGUGCUGUUGGAAUAUGGAGAUACAGGCAAAUUGAUGAAUCUGUUCCUCAUCAUCCCAGUUGGUCUUUGGCGAUUCUGUAUCAAUCAGAUAAGAAAUCGCGAGACUCAGUCUCCUUCUUCUCUAAGCAUGUCCUUGUCUACAGUUCCUGGGCUACAUCCACUUUCUAGUCCAAGAAAUGCAAGUAAUAAGGAAAUACCACAUGACACACCACUCACUAUAGAAAGUAAUCCAUGUCAACGUUCACUUUUGACCUCUAAAUCAGAAUACAAGGAUUUAGUUGAUGAUAAGAUUUCUGAAUACGCUAGUGUAGAAACUGAACAGCCAGCUAUACUUUAUCAAGUGGAAGAUGACAGACAGAUAAUGGCACCAGUUACUAGUAGUUCCAGUUGUAUUGCUACUUCAGUUCAUGCAUUUCCAGUUGAAUGUGAGGGACUCACCAAUCAAGCAGGCAUACCUGUGCAUCCGUAUCACCAAGCUGCCAGUCAGGCUGAUGUACUUAUGGUUCAUCCUGGCGAGUCAAUUGAGAUUUCUGGUAACUCUCUUACAACUCUGGCAUUUAUGUCUGACCAAAAGCCUCAAUCCUUAUCAGUGCAGCAGCCAACUAUGGAUGCAGAGUUUAUAUCACAAGAAGGAGAAACAACAGUGAACACUGAAGCAAGUCCUCCCAAGACAGCCAUUCCCCCUCAGACCCCAAGCCUGGAACCAGCUACCCUUGUACACACCACUAUCCUGGAAUCAGAUGGGGAAAGACCUCCAAAACUGGAAUUUGCAGAUAACCGAAUUAAAACUCUGAAUGAAAAAUUAAGAAACUUGCUCUAUCAGAAGCAUAGCAUAUCUAGCAUCUAUCCUGAGAGUCGGAAGGAUACCCAGAACAUAGACUCUCCAUUUUCUUCCUCUGCUGAAGAUACAUUCUCCUGCCCAGUUCCAGAAGUCAUAGCUACCAGUCACUGUGGAAUUCAAGAUAGUCCUACACAAUCCCCUAAUUUUCAGCAGACAGGCUCUACGAUUCUGUCCAAUGUGGCUGAGAGUCAGCCUGCUAACAUAUCAGUGUUCAAAAGGGACCUGAAUGUGAUAACUUCUGUACCCAGUGAACUCUGUUUGCAUGAGAUGUCCCCAGAUGCUUCACUUCCAGGGGAUCCAGAGAUCUAUCCUGCUGCUGUGUCAAGCGGUGGAGCCAUUCAUCUGCAGACAGGAGAUGGAUAUUUUGGCCUAAGCUUUACUUGUCCUAGUCUCAAAAAUCCUAUUAGCAAGAAAUCCUGGACUCGCAAAUUAAAAAGCUGGGCGUACAGGCUACGGCAGUCAACCAGCUUUUUCAAGAGAUCAAAAGUCCGUCAAGUGGAAGGAGAAGACAUGAGAUGAGCAGUUGCUUCUGAUCCCAUUCCUCUGACAUGCGAGUCUACAGCUGAUACUAGGGCUUUAAGUAGACAUAAAGUGAUGAGUGGAUCAUUUCAGCGGGGUCGGUUUCAGGUGAUUACAGUUCCUCAGCAGCAAUCAGUGAAAGUGACGUCUUUUGGAAUAGAACACAUACCAGCUUCCAAACACAUUACAAGCCAUUCUAGUGAAGAAACUGUAGUUUUUACUGAAACAGCAAAGUCUCAGUUGGUAGAAAUGGAACCUGCCAUGCACAAUCCACAGACUUCAUUUUCUUCCCAGAAGUUACGAGCUCUUCCUAAGACCUUUAAAAAAGAUAAAGGAAUUCCCAAACAAAGUGACAAAUCCUUAUGUUUCAGCACAGCUUGUGAGGCCAAUGUAUCUUUGAUUACUCCAGAAAAGGAACUGGAAGAAACUUCAGCCACAGGAAGCAGUAGCCUGCAGUCUGGAUCUGAGCUGUUGCUUAAAGAGAGAGAGAUACUGACUGUUGAAAAACAGCCUUGCUCUGAUAGUGAAUUUUCAACCCUUCUUGCUGGCAAUGGAAAGUCAGCGGCAAAGACUGGUCCAAAGAGUGGUCAGUGUUUACCACUCCAUGAAGAACAAGCUUAUGUUCAAACACAGAGCUCACUCUUAUAUUCACCUUCUUCCCCAAUGGGCAGUGAUGAUGAGUCAGAAAUAGAGGAUGAGGACUUGAAGGUGGAGCUUCAAAGGUUACGAGAAAAACACAUUCAGGAGGUGGUAAAUCUUCAAACCCAGCAGAAUAAGGAGCUGCAGGAGCUCUAUGAACGCCUUCGGUUAGUUAAAGACAGCAAAAAUCAAUCAUCAGAGAUUCCUCCGCCACCUACAUCACCACAUCGACCAAGAUCUUUCAAAAGCAAACUUCGUAGCCUUCCCCAGUCCUUGACACAUGGAGACAGUGACUUAGUUGCUACAGGUAAAUCAUGCUCACGGAACUUUCUCCAGAAUCCUCCAUGUGUGGAGACUAAUGCAGCAUCAUGCCAGCAAUCUCCAGCUAGUAAAAAAGGGAUGUUCACAGAUGACUUACACAAGCUAGUGGACAACUGGACAAAGGAAACAGUGGGAAAUUCUCUUGUUAAACCAAGUUUAAACCAACUUAAACAGAGCCAACACAAAUUAGAGACAGAAAACUGGAACAAAAUAUAUAAAAAUACUCCAUCUACUAUGGGCUACACAUCAACAUGGAUUUCUUCUCUGUCCCAAAUCCGUGGAGCUGUCACAACUUCUUUGCCACAAGGACUCUCACUCCCUUCAUUUCCUGGGCCAUUAUCAUCAUAUGGAAUGCCCAGUGUUUGUCAGUAUAAUGCUUUGGGGGGGACAGGGUAUCCAGUACAGUGGGUAGGAAUUCCAGGAACAACACAACAGUCUGUAGUAAUCCCUACCCAAUCUGUAGGACCAUUCCAGCCGGGGAUGAAUUUGCAGGCAUUUACCACUUCAACAGUACAGAAUCCAGCAAUGAUCCCUCCCGGUCCCAAAUGAAUCAGAGUAGAUGGUGAAAAUAAAGGGAUAUUUUUUCAGAAUUAUUUUCAGAAUACCUAAGAUAUUAAAGUUUCUUCUUGGGUUCUGCCAUAAAUUCUCUCAUUUGAGUUUACUUUCAACUUUAAUUUUUAUUGUUGUUGUUCCAGUGUGGUAUUUGAUACAGUUCAUCAUUCUGUAGAAAUGUGCAGUUUGUACAUAGAACACUGCGCACAAGAAUGAUUUUUCACUUCAAAUCCCAUCCUCUUUGAUACUUGAUUUUUUAAAACUACUGUUCAGAAUGCUUUAAUAAGCUUGGCUUAAACAUUACCAUUUCCAGGACACUUUCCAUGCAUUGCUAAGAAGCCCCCAUUUUUUACUGCUGCUCUCUGAAGCUAGAUAAUACUGCUCUUUAAAAUGUAUAAAAUUAUUUAAAUUUAUUCUCCCCAAACGUGGAAGAAGUGAGACUACAACAUUUGGAGUCUUAAGGGAUUAUUCAUGUGUUUAUCUUAGGUUUACCUUUCACAACAGCAGAGUAACUUGCUGCAGGAAACAUUUUGGUAUAUAAAAUUAGAAUAACGUUGUCACCCAAUACAAAACAUGAGCCCUUUUUAAUGUGAUUUUCCUUCUGGUCGUCACAGCGGUGGAAGUGAAUGAAACCUUGUUUGGGGCGAGGUGGAAGGAAAGGGGAAAAACAGAGUACUGAAGCAGUUCCUUGAUUCUGUAGUAACGGUAGCUGCUUUAGGAUUUUGGUAGUAGUUAAAGCCUCUCUGAGGACAAAGCAGCUAUCUCCUUGUUUUUCAAAUGUACACUACAUUGUUUUUGAGCAUCUGAGAGGCACUGGUUUGACUUGCAUUCUUUUGCAUGAAAUAUAUUGCAGCUCAUAUGAUUCUCAUUUUGGGGGAAUCACUAUAUUCCUAACAAAGGAGAUUCAAGUUUCAGCUCUGUUGAUCCAUUCUUCUGAAGUGAAAUUUACUUGAUAUGAUAGUUUUUGAGGCUUAUACAUGAAAUACUGGCUUUACAGGGUUUAAGAGAUGUGAGGUAUACACUGUCCUGCAGUAAGAUAAUAGACCCUUGAAGGAUACUAUUUAAAUUGUCCUAAGCUUCUUUUGGAUUACCAUUUUUUUAGUUGUUAUAAUUUCUUGUUACUAUCUAUAGAUCUUAGAUGAUUUUAGAUCUUAGAUGAUUUUGGCAGCCUCUUUAGAAUCUGAGAGAGAUCACUGUCAAGUUGCACUUUACUGGGUUUUAUCCAGUUUGGGGAGGAGGAGAGGCAAUGUCAAAAUGUACACUUUUGAUUUUCAACAAGAUUAAAUAUAAUAAUCUUAAAAGGCUGGCCACAGGGUUAUCUAAUGUUCAGUCUGUUAUACCCAAAUAGAAUUCUUAAACAGAAUUCUUAAAUGGUGUUUAUCGACUACCAAGUAUACAUGUUUAAGCUACUUACUUUCUACUCUGAAGAUUUCAAGGUCAUUUCUAGUACACAUUUACCUAAUUAGGAGUUGUGUCUACUGGUAAACAUUCCAAAUCGUCAUCCAACAUUUCUGUUAACACAUUUUCCUUCAUAUUUCUAUAAAAAUUGUACCCCAUGGGCUUGCCAGGUAAUAAGGAAAACAUAAUGGGUGUACUUUUUUUUAUUUCGCACAGUCUACUUUGUGACAUUAAGUACCCUUUAUCUUAUAUUGCUUACCUGAUGAUCACACCCACAAUCAUGAUGAUUCUGUUGCUAUCAUUUGGGGCAACUAGGGCAGCAUUUUGAGACUGGCUGUUGAUAAAAGCCACAGUUUCUUUUCAUAACAUAUACUGUUUUAGAUGAGUGUUUCCAAAUCUUAUGUACAAAUUCCUUAAAUUUCUUCUUCAGUAUUGGUUUUCAAGUUAAAGUGACUUUAGGGCAUUAGUGUAGUGGCAGAUGCUUGCAUUGCAGUGUUUUCCAUGUGUAUAAAAAUGCUCCUAAAAUCCAUAACUCUUUAAAAACUGCUUGUGUUUCAUUAUAAGAGUUGACUUUGUGUAAUUUUAUUAGACAUACGGCCUAUAAAGUGGAAAUACUGCAGGUUUUAAGACUCCUUAUCUAGUCACAAUCUUUUUAACCAGUGUACCCCAGGAUGAAAAAACCUCCAUGGGAAACAUGCCCAAUUACAUUUAUUAAUGGCUGUUCUACAUCAUCUGUCCUGCAUUUUGUCACCAUUUCUGUUUUAUGUAUAAUUCAUCAUUCUUGUUUGCCUGCAGACUUUUGCAGUGCCUUGUGAUAUUUAGAAUCUUUUCAGGUUUUUUCUGGAAAGAAAAAUAGUCUUCCAAAAUUUGAAGAUGGUGAAUAGUAUAAUACUGUCUUCAUGGUGACUGCAGUAGUUGGGUUAACGUAUAUGUUAUGUAUACAAUAUGUAUAUAUAAUGUGUGUGUAAGUUUAAAAAUACAAAAAAAAGUGAAUCUGUGCAGAAAUGAGGAAAACAGUGUUAUUCACAUAACUAAGAUUUUGUUUAAAUUAUUUUUUCCCAUUACUGAAAUGGUGGAUUCAGAUUAUAGUCACUUUGACUGUAAAUAUGGUUAGUUUUCUAUCUAGGGGUUUUGCAUAAUUUCAUAAUUUUGCUAAAUCUUAUAGUAGGGCUAUUUUCAUCCUUGCUGAGGUACGUGGAACUUUUUCUCCCCAGAAAUAAUUGACUCAAGGUAAAGCUCAGAAAUUCCCUUCUUACUUAACAAAGAGCCUACUAUGUAAAAAAGGGCCUUCUACCCAUUUCCAAAAAACACACAAACCUGUCCUUUUCAUUUUCUUUCUUAUAGAAGAUAAAAAAGGUUGAACUUAACCAUCCUGCUUGUAAACUUUAUUUGAGGGGUAGUCUCUAUGUCCAAACACCAUGUUUACUUCUCAAAGUGCAAGACUGAUGAAUAGUACUGUAUCUCCAUAUGUGGCAAUGUGAGCAUUUCAUCAUGAAGUACCUGCUGCUAUGUCUGUGAAGUUGGAUGUAACAUCAUAAGAGUAUGAAACCAGUAUUGGUGUAAAUCUAAUGAAAAUAACCCUAUGUAUAUUUGUAGCAGUCUUGAAUCUCUAUUUAAGGUAAUUUGCUGUAAUAUAACAAAUAUCCAUUCUGUUGUUCAUCCCUUCCUUGCCAAUUUUAUAUCAAGCAUGAAUUCUAAUUAUCUGUGAAAGUUUAAAAGGCACUUUUCUACUGUGAUUUUUUGACUGAGUGUGGAGUGUUACAUACAGUAUGAUGGGAUGUAUCAUUUUAGAACCCCAGAUUUAAUUCCAGUUCACUUAGUUUUGUUUAUCUACCUCGUUUUCAGUGCUGUUUUGGGGUGCACAAACUGCCUGUGAAACUUGCUUUUUUGCCUUGAUCUCAGUAUUUUUUCAGGUAUAAACCUGGCCUGCCUCCUUGUCCUAGUGCUAAGUAUGAGUUUGAGACAAGAGGGAUCAUCACUCUGCCACCAAUCUAUGUUUAAGUGGCCAGAGCCAUGUGCCUCUGUGAAAUAAGCUUUGGGGAUUUAGGGAUAGGGAGCAGAGAACAUAAAUCUAGCUGGUGGCAAUAUGGGACUUAGUUGUAGGAGUUAGUUAUAAAAUAAAUAAAUGGUAAGAAAGCACCUAAUUAGACAGUCCAGUGCCUGUAACUUUGCAUUUUUAUUAGGGAUGGAUUUUUUUUGUCUAUGUGCCUAAAGGGCUAUCUAUGGGUUGAAAUUGCUUUAACUACCACAGUGAAAUAUUUGACAAAUUUUACAGCAAUGGCUUGUCAUUCAAAAUAUUAGUAUACUGGUAGGCAUAUUUGCAGUGAUAUUUUGUUUCCUUAAAAUGUCUGUAUGCUUCUAGCUGAAUUGUACUUGGUGGCAAGAGUUUUAUGUAACUGCUUAUUCAAUCUCUAAAGUUUAAGGAGGCAUUGACUUUCUUUGCUGUCUUUUCUCCAUGAUUAAAAUGAUACAUUCCUGGUUUUUUUCCCGAAAAGUCAGAAAAUGUUUGUAAACUAGCUGUUCCUUGUUUCACAUGUUUACUUUGUAACAUUAAAGCAUAUUUACUGUUAGUAAAUACUGUAUUUCAGUCAUCAUCCAUAAGUACAUUCCUGAGGUAUAUUUGCCAUAAGUUUGGGACUCAGUUAUUUAAUCUUCUAUUUGGUUCAGAAAAACUUUCAGAUAUCCGAGGUGGUGUGCAGGCCAUUUUUUUAGAAUAAAUUGUUCAUUAUUUUUGAAUAUUUAGUUUAUUGGAGACUUGUCCCCCCCCCCCUUUGUUUAGAAGAUGAGCCAGAAAAUGGAGAGGAGUGUACAAAAGGCCAUUGAUUGGAAAAAUGUAAUUUCAAGAAUUGAAAUAUAUUUUAAAAGCCAAUCCAGACUGUAAAAUGGUGACACUCAGACUUGGUAAAAAACCCUUGAAGUGGGAUUAAUAUGAAAUUUUUAUGGAACCAAAUACUUUAUGCCACCCUGGAAAUAGUCGUUGUAUGUGAUGGAUGAACAGAAACAUUAGUAAGGGACUUUGACCAAUGUAGGAAGGAGAUAGUAACUAGGUUGCACUAAAGUUAUUUCCAACUGAGAUAGGUGGAAGAGUAUAUAAACUAGCAGCUCCCAUUCUGGAAAGUUUUCUUUUAAUUAAAAAAAAUCCUCAAACAAAAAGGCUAAAAGUCAAGCAAGAAGGGAAAGGAGAAACUGGGCUCUGAGAAAAAAACGUGCCAGUGUAAAAUAAACUCCUAAAUGUGUGCUAGUCAUCCUUCUAGUUUUUUUUUUUUAUUAGUUGCAUUUCUUUUCCACUAUAAUUUAAGGAUUGAGAUUGAGGUUUGUGGUCCAGAACAUACCCUCAGCAGAAAUAGUGACUGAUCAGAAAGUGCAGUUGUUCAAGGUCUGUCAUGCUCAAUCACUUAAAGCUGUAAUUUGUUUGAUAUGAAUAUUAGCAUGUAGACCUAGUGCAGCAUGGGAGCCACUCAGGAAGUUUGUGCAAUUAAUAAACUUUCAUGCAUAAUUUACUAUUGAGUAUGCAGAAUUUCAGCCACUACUCUACAGUUAACAUCUAGUUGUAUAUGUGAACUCUCCUUUCUUAAUUGGGGAAUGUAGCAUUAUAUAGAAUGUUGUUAAACUUAUUUUUAGUACUUUCUGACUUAACUUUCUUUUUUUGGUAAAUCAAGUGAUCUGCCUUUCAACAGUUGUCUGGUUUUGGUUCUUUGAAACUGUGAUUUUUAUUCCAUUUGUACCCAACCAUUUGUAAGUAUUUUGUUUUGUUUCCUGGAAAUUUUGUUUUGAAACAGAAAAUAAAGACUGUAUUA